AUGUAACCUGUAACAGAAGCUGUGGGAGGGUGUGUGUAGGGAUGUUGUGAGAAGGUUCCAUGGCAGAAUUAACGGUGGAAUGUUGAGUGGCCCAGCAAUCUAGAGAACAGAACAAUUGAAAUCAUCGUACAGUGAGUUAAUUUGCCGCUCCAUCCGGGAUGCAGGCGCUGAGAGAGGCUCUGGAGCACUGCUCGUCUACGUUGAACCAGGGAUCCCCCGCACGGACUCGUCACCAGCUACAAGCCCUGGUGCACUGUCUGCUGCUGACUUACAAAUCCCGGGAAGAGAAUGUGGUGUCCGCAGCCUCAAGUCCACUGUUAAGCUGCCCGGGUUGCGGUAACCUAUUACUUGACCCCGUGACAGCACAGUGCGGUCACACGUACUGCCGACACUGUCUGAAAGGGGAGCCCAGGAGCCGCUGUCGCCUGUGCCGGGGUGACAUGGGCCGCUUACCCCGACGGACUUGUGUUCUGCUAAAGAAUGUGACCGAUAAAUGGUUCCCGCAGGUUGCUAGAUUUAGCUGGCAGGACCGGUGUAUCUCCGAGCUGCUGGAGGCCCAAGAGUACCGGGAGGUGAUACGGAAGAGCCAGGAAGCCCUUCAGGAAGAGCCUUAUGACUUGACGCUACAUGUUUACAUGGCUGAGGCAUACAGCGGACUAUAUGAAUAUGAUCGAGCUCUUGAGGAACUGAACUUUGUACUUUUAAAUCAGCCCAACUGGCCAGAGGUGUACUCUAAGAAGGCAAAUGUGUUGCAGAAAAUGGGACACCUGUAUGAAUCCUUGAAGUUUUAUCUUCAUUGUCUGGCACUUGAUGAAGAGUUUGGACCUGCCAGGGAAGAAAUAGAAAAGUUACUUUGUGACUUGUUAUCUCCGGUACCAGAGAAUGUGAAAGAAUCUUUGAAGGAUCCUGUUUGGAAUUCACCAGCACGUUCCCCACUCAAACCAUUUGUGCUUGGCACUGACGAAGAACCUGCCCAUAACCGCUGUGAGGAUGAGAAUAAGGACAUGCCAAAAGCAAAGGAUUUGAGUAGCAGUUGCCUACACAGAGUGCAAUCCAUACAACUGAUUUACUCUCCUGAAGAGCCAGCCGCAAGCGAGAGCCUUAAAAGGGUGGCAUCAGAGCCAUUAUUAUCCAGAAAGGAAAAGGGAAUCUUUCUAAAAAGAAAAUUUUCUUUCUCUGAACAAGAUGCAAGUGUAUGUGAAGAUGAAAGAAAGAAGCAUGUGAAGCAGGAAGAAACAUCAGAACCAGGAAAAUAUUUAAUUGCCAGCAGGAAUAUUCCAGAAGGUCAUGUUGAUCUGGCCGAUUUUGAAUGCUCCCUUUGUAUGAGAUUAUUCUAUGAGCCAGUGACCACCCCAUGUGGACAUACGUUUUGCAAAAAAUGUUUGGAGCGUUGUUUAGAUCACACACCACAGUGUCCCUUAUGCAAAGAAAGUUUGACAGAGUACCUAGCUACUAGAAACUACAAUGUGACCCAUAUGUUGGAAGAUCUAAUAAAGAGGUAUCUCCCUGAAGCGCUGUCAGAUAGGAAAAUAAUCCAUGAAGAAGAAACAGCAGAGAUAUCAAACUUAACAAUGAAUGUGCCUGUGUUUGUUUGCACAAUGGCAUAUCCCACUGUGCCUUGCCCUCUUCAUGUGUUUGAGCCCAGAUACAGACUUAUGAUUCGAAGGUGCAUGGAAACUGGUACAAAAAAAUUUGGAAUGUGCAUAAGUGACCCAGAAAAGAGUUUUGCAGAUCAUGGCUGCAUGUUGCAAAUAAGAAAUGUUCAUUUUUUACCUGAUGGCCGAUCUGUGGUAGAUACAGUUGGAGGAAAACGGUUUCGAGUUUUGAAGAGAGGAAUGAGAGAUGGUUAUUGGACGGCUGACAUUGAAUACUUAUCAGAUAUUCAGGUAGAAGAUGCAAAGUUGCAGGAACUUAAAGACCUUCACGAUGCGGUGUAUAUGCAGGCUUGUCGUUGGUUUCAGAAUUUAAGAUAUAGAUUUCGUAGCCAAAUCCUUCAUCACUUUGGAGCAAUGCCAGAGAUAGAGGAAAAUAUACAGGCAGUUCCCAAUGGUCCUGCUUGGUGCUGGUGGCUUCUUGCUGUUUUACCUGUGGAUCGCAGGUAUCAGUUGUCUGUCCUUUCUGUGACAUCACUUCAAGAUCGUCUGCUGAAACUCCAACACAUACUGACAUGUUUUUCCAGAAACCAAUCCAAAUGACUAACCGCCUGGAGCUUCCUGAAAAACUAUCCUGUGCUGGCUGUCGUUAUGGCAGGACUUUUUGCUGUCUUUGCACAUGUGACAUUGGUUAGAGAAGUGUUCACAAAUUAAUGACUUUUGGUUUACAACCCUUAACUACUCAAAAGAAAAUAAUAUGGAAUCAGUCUAUGCUUCUGUGUUAUGAUAAAAUUCUUGCACUAUGUAUAAAACUUUUUGUUUAAAUUAAUAUAUAAAUGUUGUUUUUUUCUAUUUCUUUGCUGCUUUCAGUUUAUUCCUGAAUUACAUUUUUAAGUAAAAACAUUCAGUGGAAA